UGUGUCAAAUGAGUGACACCUCAAAGUGUGAGAUCAUAUUUUUAUUCAAAGAUAAAAAACAAUAUUUUUAAACAAAGAUUUACUAAAUAAUUGCGUCCAGUAUGUUGGUCAAUAAUAGUACAGUUUAAAUUUUAGCAGUAUUGACUUGAAAACGGGGAUUUACAUUAAAAAGUCAAUGUUUGUACAAACCAUGUGAUAAAUUUAAUACAAAUAUCAGAAGUGAACAGUGAAGAUGAGGUCUAACAAUAAGAAUACGCUUUUGAAAGUCGUAAUUCUUGGGGAUGGUGGUGUUGGGAAAAGUUGUCUGAUGAAUAGAUUUGUGUCCAAUCAAUUCGAUGAACACUCUUUUCACACGAUCGGUGUGGAGUUCCUGAAUAAAGACAUAGAAAUUGAUGGAGAAACUUACACUCUACAGAUCUGGGACACCGCAGGCCAAGAGAGGUUCAAAACACUGAGGACGCCAUUUUAUCGAGGCAGCGACAUCUGUAUGUUGACCUAUGCUAUAGAUGACAAGUCAAGUUUUAAAAAUAUCCAGAUGUGGAGAAAUGAGUUUUUACAUUAUGCAGAUAUCAGGGAAAAUGCUCAAUUCCCGUUUAUUGUUGUAGGAAAUAAGUCAGACGUACCGACAGAAGAAAGGGAAGUCUCACAAUUGGAGAUGGAAACGUGGUGUAACGAGAACUCUAUAACGUCCAGUAUAGAAACGUCGGCGAAGAACGCCAACAACGUUCAAGAAGCAUUCAAAAUGGCCGUUCAGUACUGGCUGCGACUGGAAUCGAGGGCCGAUAAAAUCGACACAGUGAUGAACGACACUGUAGACUUGAGGAAAAAGAACACGGAGAAUAAUAGAAGUUCCUGUUGUAUAGGCUCGGGCGAUGAGUAGACUCUACACGAUUUUAAGCGGUAUUUUUUCUGUUGUGUUACUAAAAACUGCAUGUGUUACGGGUUUUACAAGAGAGGGGGUUGAGAGCAAAUGGGUUGCUUGAGAGUGAGGACUAAAACAGAUCUAGCUAACUAUAUAUACCAACCUGCAGUAGUGUUGUUCCUUUGAAUUGGUUUGGAGUUGAAUGAGUCGUUCCUUUUGAUGAUCCGAUUCGAUUCUAUUUAUCAGCGGUUUUGAAUAUUUUCGUUAAAAUUAAUCAACUCUAGGUUCAGUGACACAUUUUAAUCACAUUAUCACAGUGAAUUUGCGCUGAUUUGGUCAGUCUGCAAUCUUACACUUUUGUCCAAGAAACGCAUAAGCUCCAAAUAUUCCACAAAGAAGGAUGCAACUAGAGAGAUAUCAGAGAAUUACGAAGAGUAUGGAGUAUAUAAUAAAAAUCGUAUAAUUUGGGCUGUAUUUACACAACUUUACCAAUAACCGUUUCGUUUGAAAAUAGGUCACUGUUGCAAACGUUAUUCGGUUGUAACUGAAUCGUUACAGUGGUACCGUUCAGUAAAAGGCAUAAGGGAUUCGCUGCGUAGUAACGAUUUCGCGGUGAACAUCGAAUCAAAUAUUGAACUUAAUCAUACCGUUUUUGAAUAUUUGCGUUGAAACAUUAACACUGGUUUCAGUGAGAGGCUUUCAUUACAUUCGAUCAGCUAAUUACGAAGAAUAUGGACUAUAUAAUAAAAAUCAUCAUCAAGCAAUUGUAAUGUAUUUACAAAUUCUUUACUAACAGUUCGUAAAUAGGCAACCCUUCCAAAAGUGAUUCGCUUCUAAAUGAAUCGUUACAAAUAAACUGUUCGGUAAAAGGAAUCUAUAGAGAUUCGUUACGAUGCAAUGACUCGUCAGUGAAAAUCGAAUAAAAUAGUGGUCUUAAUCGUAGCAUAGCAAUAUUUGCAUUCAAACUCAUCAAUGAUGAUUUCAGUGACACAUUUUCUUCACGAUAUAUCGUUGUAUUACAAGAAGUAUGAACUAUAUAACAAAAAUCCUACAAUUGAUACUGUGUACUAAUAAUCCUCAGUAGGAGUUUUCAAAAGUGAGUCUUUUGUGUUGAUUUUAUAAUCUUAACUCGUAUCAUUAAAAGGAACGAUAUCGAUCAUCUCUAAACUACAAUAAUACAAUAAAAACACAUAUUACGUGUUUAUUUUUGCAAUAUGCACCCCUGAAUAUUUUAAUAUGCCGAUUUAGUGAUCGUAGCAAAAAAGCACUACUCUGUUGGUUAUACAGUAAGCAUCAAAAUUAACUCACCACCUUAAAAAUGGGACCUUUUUGAUGGCUCGUAUUUCCUAAACCUAUUGUCCGAUUUUAGUGAUUUUUUUAGUGUAUUAUAGCUUUAUUCUUCAAGAAUAUCGGUGUAAUAAUAUUAUUGCUAAACAGGUAAGUGUUAUUUUAUACCGGGUGUAACAAUGAUAGUGUGUUUUUCCUCAAAGUUUGGAACACUCUGUGGAAUAUUCUAGCGUUUAUAAAAUAUUGAAAUUAAAACUCAACUGUAGCAUUAGGCUUUCUUAACAUUUUGCUUUUUGAUUCAUUCGCUUAUGUGAGAUAAUAAAAAAGUUAGGUACUUUAACAACUAACCAUGUUAUUCAUCAAUACAGGGUGUUUCUAAAUAAGUGCAACAAACUUUAAGGGGUAAUUCUGCAUAAAAAAAAUAAUGACCGCUUGCUUUAUAAACAUAUGUCCACAAAUGCUUCGUUUCCGAGAUACGGGAUGUUGAAUUUUUGCUUACAAACUGACGAUUUAUUUAUUGCUCUAAAACCGGUUGAGAUAUGCAAAUGAAAUUUGGUAGGUUUUAAGAGGUAGUUAUUGCGCAUUUUUUGACAUACAAUCAAGAGUUUUAUAUUCACCAUUGGCGUGCAUACGGGAUAUAUCUAAAUGUUUAUAGCCGUAUGCACGCCAAUGAUGAAUAUAAAAUUCUUAAUUGUAUGUCAAAAAAUACGCAAUAACUACCUCUUAAAACCUACCAAAUUUCAUUUGUACAGUCGAACCCGCUUAUUAGAGUACCGCUUAUAGGAAUAUCCCGGUUUAAGGAAUAGAAUUUUGAGAUCCCGGAACAUUUCCAUUUACUCCUUAAUAAAUUUAACCGUUUAUAGUGAUACGUUUUAGUAAAAGAAUCCCGCUUUAUCUAAUAAUCCUAAGUUACCAAAAACUUUUUAGGUACAAUUUCCCACAAAUUUUUAUGUUUUCUGGUUUUAUAGGACCUGUAGAUAAUAUUUUAUUUCUUACUUUAUUAUGGGUACCAAUUCUACCUUCCGCCAAACAUUUACCGAUCGUAAAGUAGGUACCUAAUUUUUCAAUUGUGUAAACAUUCUUAUUGCUCACUCACCGCCACGUCGUUGUCUGUUUAGAUUUUUAACAGUUGGAAGUCAUAAAUAACCCCUUGUAAUAUAAUAACCGCUGAAAUUUUCUGGAGGGUAAGACCAAUGUCAAUUUUUUAUUUAUUAUAAUUUUAGAGCAACAAGUGACUAAUAUCGUUGAUUGAGGUAUUGGACCCAUAUUAAUAUUUCAAUCAACGCUAAUAUCUUAUGUAACAAAACAAAUAGUCUCAGAUUACCGAUUAUUUUUCCAGAAAAAGAGUAGGUCUGUUGGAUAUAUGUUAAUAAGAAAAUAUAUAUCUAUACGUAUAUCUACAUAUUGCAUACAUUUCAUACUUAUUUGUGUAGGUAUGCAUGCACAGAUAAUGUAGUUUGGUGUUUUAAUAAAAUAAGUAAUAGUUACACUAGGUACUGUAUUAUUGACAUAAAAAGAAAUAGAACCAUAUACAUAAUAUAUGUACAUAACGUAUGUAUGUACAUGCAAAUACAUACUAUGUACAUGUACAUACAGUAUGUACAUGUACAUACAGUAUGUACAUGUACAUACAGUAUGUACCUCUACAAAGUGUGUUGUACUAUUACGACGUAUAUUCGGUACAUAUAUUUCUGCUAGCCACCACUGAUCGGUUAUUAGAAUAUCCCGGUUAUAGGAAUAUUUUUGCUUGGCACGAAGGCUAUUCUAAUAAGCGGGUUCGACUGUAUAUCUCAACCAGUUUUAGAGCAAUAAUUGAAUCGUCAGUUUGUAAGAAAAAAUUCAACAUCCCGUACCUCGGAAACAAAGCAUUUGUGGACAUAUGUUUAUAAAGCAAACGGUCAUUAUUUUUUCAUGCAGAAUUAAUUACCCCUUAAAGUUUGUCGCACUUAUUUAAAAACACCUUGUAUUGAUGAAUAACAUUGUUAGUUGUUAAAGUACCUAACUUUUUUAUUAUCCAACAUAAGCGAAUGAAUCAAAAAGCAAAAUGUUAAGAAAACCUAAGGCUACAGUUGAGUUUUAAUUUCAAUAUUUUAUAUACGCUAGAAUAUUCCACAGGGUGUUCCGAACUUUGAGGAAAAAACACACUAUAAUUGUUACACCCGGUAUAAAAUAACACUUACCUGUUUAGCAAUAAUAUUAUAACAGCGAUAUUGUUGAAGAAUAAGGCUAUAACAUACUAAAAAAAUCACUCAAUUCGGCAAGAGGUUUAGGAAAUACGAGACAUCAAAAGUGUCCCAUUUUUUAGAGGGUGCGUUAAUUGUGGUGCUUAGUGUAUUUUGGUAUCUAUAUAAUUUGUGAAUCUUAAACGUCGAUACUAAUGUUAGGUGCCUCUUUAUUAUAUAAAAUUAUAUACAAAACUUUUAUUUAUACACUGCUGGACAAAAAACUAUGAAUGCAAGCAUAAUUUUGAAAUUGUAAGCAAGAAAUUAGUGAAAAUUAAUAUUAGUCCAGGGCCGAUCAAAGUUCAGUGUGUUUCAGAGUGUAUUCUUAUUUAUUUUGACCCGCUGUUAUAAUUUCUUCCUCUUCUUCUUCUUCUUUUUUGUAAGCAAUUCUGCUUAUUCAUUGGCAGAUUGAUACUCUGCCAUUGGUACUCUCAUUUCUGCCGUUUCCAGUAGUCAUGGGGUUGUAGCUGUAUCGGGUCUUGUUUCUGAUGCAUAUGUCAUUAUUGGUCUUACACUGGCUUUAUAAAUUCUUGACUUCAUCUCAGUGUUAAUAUGUCGGUUUCGCCAUAUAGUGUUAUUAAGGCAUCCUGUCAGUCUAUUUGCUUUUUGUACUUGAUUUCUCACUUCUUUGUCCAGGUCUCCGUAACUUGACAAUGUAAAUCCAAGGUAUUUUACUUCCAUUACUUGUUCAAUACUGAUACCAAUCAAUUUCAAUUUUACAUCUGAUUGGUUCUUUACUAAUUACUAUUCUUUUGGUUUUCUGUUUCUGAUUUAACUUACGUUAAAUCUGUGGACUAAUCUUUGCAGACUAUCUUCAUCUUGGGCUAUCAAUAUUGCGUCGUCUGCGUAGCAUAGUAUUUUUACUUCUUUGUUUCCCAUUCUAUAUCCUCUUCCUUUGUUGACAGAUAUUCAAUGUCACAUACUUAAUGCAAGCAAGUGCAUAAUCAAAAUAUUGAGUAAAAUUUCAUAUAUUGUUAUUAGAGGAUUUAAAAUUUAAACUGAAUUAAGCUAUUUGCUAAUGACUUAAAUAACUCUUAUUUUCUAGAUGGGCCCGUUUGACCAAUCACCACCCGGUAUAAGAAAUAGUGAUUACGUACAGUCACUUUUUGUCCAGCUGUAUUUUUAAACUACCCACUGUAAUUAAUUAUAUUUUUAUCUAUAUUGACCUGAUAUUAGUAUCACGCCUGGUAAUAUGUUAAGGGAUUAUCUGCCACUGAGUGUGAUUUUUACAUAGCAAUAAGUUUCACCGUUACCGUUUUUUAUGGGUUAUUGUUUUUUUUAUUGACCAGUAUUGUAUGUUGUUAGCCAAAUAUAUAUUAUACCUUUUAUUAAA